AACUAAAAGCAUUUCCGCUCCCCUUUGUUUUGGAUAUAAUGAUGACGUCUUCUAUGUUUUCUGAUGUUUUGUUGGCGUCUUUUGCCACCAGCUGAUCAAUGAACGUGUGGGGAUUAUGUGCUUAAAACGACGUUAGAUUUUUUGAAUGACAUGAAGGAAUGGAGCGAUCAGAGUGGUAAGUUGUCGAAAACUGGGAAAUUAUUUUACAUUCAUUUGCAAAUUAGUAGAAAUCAGCGCCACUCAUGUAGAUUUAGAAGUUGCCACUCUCUUACAUAACGACAAGAAUUGAGAUAAACGUUGGAUUAUCAAUUUUUUGGAUAACAUAAAUCGUUUGUUUGCGUAUAUGAAACUUACAUUAAGCAUACACGAGGAGUGCUGUAUUAAUUACUUAUUAAAGAUCAAUAAAGCGCCUAAGGAAUGCAUGAUAGGCUAGAUUUGGAAAAUAUUGAAAGGGCUCCUGCUGUUUUGUUAUUUUGGGCUAAGAUUGAUGUUCCAUUUCAUAGACUGUGAUUUAUUUCCUAGCAGCAUUAUAUCGAUGUCAGUCUCAGCAGGUCUUAAUCAAACUAACAGCACUAUUUUGAUUUUGUCUUUAGCAUAGCUGUUUUUUCUUAAAUUGACCAGAUCUUGACUCAUUUAACACUAGCACACUAGUUUCACCCUGAUUCUUAACCUUGUGAUUGAAAGUAAUUAAAGAAAAAAAAUUUUUGAUUAAUGAAUUUAAGUUACCACAAGCAUGCAACAUACAGUAGUAGGUUUCAUACUUCUGCAGUCAGCCAUAACCUGUUGAGAGCAGACUCAGGUGCUGGAGGAUGGGUAUUCAGGGUUGUGAAAGUGAUUUAUUUUAAAGUCACCAUUUUGUAACGUAAGAUUUUAAGAUCAGGUUCUGUAAACAAAAAUAUUGGUUGCCAUAUGAAAAAAGGAUGCUGUUAAAUUAUUCAAAAUAUGAUUCAUAAUAAUUGUUAUAAUUUUAAAAAUAGUGGCUCUGACAUAAUGCAUUCUUAAGAGAUGUGAACUGAAGUCAUGGUAACAAAUAGAAUAUUACUGAAUAAAUUGCAUAUUACUGAAUACAUUGCAUAAAAUCAGACCUCUAAAACUGUUAUAAUUACAAAAUUACUAUUUAAUUUUUCUUGGUUUUCAAUGACACAACCACAAGAGCACUAAUCUCUGAUUGAUACAAGCUCAAUUUUAUAAGGUUUCACCCUUUCUGAAGUUACUCACUCUAAGAGCAUGACACUCUAAGUGUUUUGAACUGAUGUGGCUUUUACAGGAAGGCAAAUUUUAAUUAAUUCAAAAUUAUUACCAAAGAGUCAUUUUAAUAAGCAUUUUCUUUGUAUCUGAAUGUGAAGCCAUUACCCAUGAGCACCUAUCGAUGAUAUAGAAGAAAAAAUUGAUUUCCUUAGUUAGGGAAAGAGGUAAUAAUGUUUUCUCGGUGAAACACAUCAUAAAAAUGAACAAGGGCAGGCACCACAAGAGAAAAAGACAUUCCAAGAAAUGUAUGUUCCUAAUUUGACAUAUCAUAAUCAAUACAGAUGUGUAUUUUACAAAAUGGGGGAUAGUCUUCUGGUGAAUCUAUUUGUCUUCUUAUACCAGUGCAUAGAAAAACUUGUAGUUAAAACCCUUUCAAUGUUGGGUUAUGAGGACCUAGUAUUGUUAUUUUGGCAUGGUGAUGUGCUUGUAUUUGAUGGCAUAUAUUUUUAUAAUUUUUCAACAGAUUGUUCAGAGGGUGAUUAUGAUGAAGAAACAGAGCUGUUUGAACAGGAGACUGAGGAGUUUAUGAAGGAUUUUGUAGCAAAAAUAUUCCUAGAAGAGUAUGUUGGAAUACUGUAAAUAGCAGUUAGUGGAAUAUUUUUUAAAGGCAUUAGGAUAUAAUCCAAACAAAUUAAAGGCUCAGGUUUUUAUUGACUAGUUGUAGUUGAAUUUUCUAGGCUGAUUUUUGUUAUUUUAUUCUCACAUUGGCUAAAUUUUUUCAAAAACAAAAACCUUUCAUUUAAUACAGUUUUUUGCUUUGCAGCUUCCUCUGAUAAUUAUUUGUUGUUUCCUAGAAGCGUUAUUUCUCAGGAAGACAAGCUCAAGUUUGGAAUCCUUAAUCAGGUAAUAAUACACAUGAAAACAUUAUAGAUGUCUGAUUGACUGAAAACAAGUUCAUUUUUCAUGUAAGAUGAAUGUAAAAUUGUGACACGAGUACAAAGUACAAAUAGCGUGCACACUUUCAAAAUUUUGUUUAUCAUACAUUUUUUUCAUGUAAAUUAUUUUUAAGUAACAACAUGAUUUCUCUUGCCAUUUGGUGUAAGUAAAGCACCUGUACAUUUUCCAAAGACUGCAAUUUGCACUUGCCCUAUAGGCUUGUGCAGUUUUGUAGUCUUUGAAAAAUUUACUCAAGACAUGCAUAUUAUCACCUAAUUGCACUUGAAAUCAAUUGCCCAUACUAAUUGUAAUGUUGAGCCCAAAUGUGAUAAAGCAAAGCCAGCCACCAGCUGUGUGGUUGGCAUUGUGAAUUGUGGAUCAAAUAUGUCUUGUUUUAAAGCAAGGCUGGGUCACUGAGUUUCAAUUUCUAGGCAAAACAUUUUACUCUCACAAUACUCUCUGCACCCAGGAAUAAAGUGGUCACAGAAAACUGUAUGGAAGGCAUGAGGAAAUUUAGAAGUUUAGCCUCCAAAAUGUAGCUGCUUCAUGCUAGUGAAACUGGGAUAAGCUCUGUUAGGGAAGCCAACUAGUUGUCUAUGUGCUUAUUGCUGAUUUUGCCUUCUUUAUUCAAAGAAAUAUUUAUAGUCCCAUUGCAUUUAGUUAUUUGUAUCAAAAUUUUGCUUUGCUCAUCAACUUUUUGGUGUUUUAAAAUCUCUUUCUUAUCUGCACAAACAAAAGAAACUGUAUAAGCAUGCAGUACUGAUUACAGGCCAUUUGAUAAUUUGUUUUCUCUUCUACAGCAUAGUGUGGGACGUCUUUCCUUUUCCAAACAUGUUGACAACCAGGUAAUGUAACUCUGUUGAAAUAUACUUCAAUUUACAAGUCCAGAUGAUUAAACCUGACUUUUCAACAGUAAAGGGAAUUAAUAUUUACCACACAAGUGAAUAGUGCUUUUUUGUGCACGUUGAUUGGCUAGUUUGAAGUGAAUUGCAGGUGCUAUUCACCUUUGAGCAACCAUUUUUCUGUAUACAUAUAUAUGUAGCACACACUAAAACAGUUAUGCACCUCAGUGUCAGUGAGAGUGGUGGAUAUUUACCUCCACUUAGGUGAAUAAUUCAUAAUUAUUAACCUUGAUAUUAACAAAUAAGACCCCCCCUUUGCAGUUAUCCAAUUUUGUUACUCCUAUAAUUACAGACUGAAUAGGACUCCACUCAGUCCUAUACCAUUACUAAUCAGUCACCUUACUAAAGUGUUCUUUUUGCUUAUUUGUCGAUCAGUUCAAAACUUAAAUCAACAUCCCUUCUCCCCUGGCAUUUGAAUUUUUGAAGAUUGGCUUGUUUUAUUUCCUGUCCCCCCCCAGGAACCAAAAUUGUUUUCGAAUGCCUUCCCCAAGGGCUGGAUUUGACCGUCAAUUUUUUUGGAGAAGGCAAGAUCAGUGACUGUGACUUUCUUGGUGACAUUUUUUAGUUACUUUUUUUUGGAUUAAGAGAAAAAAAAUCAAACUCUAUGUUAGCGUAUAUAGUAGCAUGUUGCUUGCACCAAUCACAUUGCUGCAUUAGGGUAUGUAUCUCACACCAAUUAGAUUGCCACAUUAGGGUAUGUAUCUGACACCAAUCAUAUCAUAGCAUUUUAACACUUUGCACCAAUCACAGUGUUUGGGUAUUGUUUUCUUAUAAAUGAUGUCAUGGAUCACAGAGGUGUGCACAAAGAAUGACAUUAACCAGAAAUUUUAAGCCCAUUUGUUAAGUGUAAUGGUUUAUGACCUUCGCAAGAGCCUCAUCGAUUAAGAUCAAGAUUAAUCGGGAUGUGGAAGGUACACAUUUAAAUUUUUUAAGUUAGAAUAUGUAUUUUUCGGCUCCUUUACUCACAACUCACAUGCCAAACAACUUACAUUCCAUCAUGUACCAUGAUAACAAUGUCCAAAGUCCAAUCAGAACAUACCUAAUCAUUGCAUUACAUGAACAUCAGGUAAUUUUUCAUGUGCUUCAAUUGUAUUCCACCAAUCAAAUUCCAUUUUGCUAUAUUAAACGUUGCUCUAUCACUUGUCAUUUUCUGGUAAACAACCGACAUUUUAUCACAUAUUCUAACCGUAUUGUACAAUCCCACUGAAAAAAAAUUCACAUGGAACUAAACGCUAUUGGUAUUGAGUUUUCCAUGCAGUUCUCCUGUGUUUGACUUUUUCUAUGAAUUAAAGUCAGUUAAAGCUAUGUUGGACUUAACCCAAUUGCAUGUUAAUUCCUUGUAAAACAACCUGCAUUUUAUCAUGUAUUUCACACAUGCAGAGGGCAAAGUCCAGAUAGGCAACAACCUAUCAAGGAGCCCUCUUUCAAAUAUUAUCCUUUUCUCUUGUUCAAUGUAUCUUCUCUUAUUCGAAAUUGCAAUAUGUUUUUGGUUAGGGUCUAUUUGAGGUACAACAGAGUUUCAGUUUGUUUUUUGUAGUAAAAUUAUGCGUAAUUUUUUUUUGAGGUAACUAACUGUAGAGAAAUAAUUUUGAUUUUCUCUCUUUUGGAGGAAUGGCAGUAAGCAUUGUCUCUUAGGCAACUGUUAUUUGGUCUUGUCAUGCAACACGCUCUCUCUCAAAUGGGAAAUAGAUGGUGUUGUGUGAGGAGACCAAACAAUGGCUCUGAAGGAGACAACAGUAAGCAUGGCAUGAGGCAUUUCAUUUUUACUUAGAAGUAUUUAGACAAUAGAAACAAUAAAUCACAUAAUAUAUGUGUGAGUUCAGAUAAAUUAGGUUUUUUUCUACCUUUCUGUGAUAUUUUCAUUUUUUGAAAAUUAUGCUUUUUUUUGUGACAAAAAUGAAAACAUUAAGUACACAAACUGUCCCAUCUCAACACACCCAGCCAAAAAAAUUACUCUUGCAUGCUAUGCAUGCCUAUAUUCUUCUAAAUGCCUCCAUAUUAUAGGAUAAAACAUGCCUAUUCUGCGAUAAAGACAUGAGUAGUGUGGUUCAAAUUCCCUACCCCACCCAUAUAAGGUUUAAAUUAACCACCCCCUAGGUAGAAGGAUGACAGUUAAAUGCCUCUAGGUUGCCUUAGAUGGGGGGGUGGGGGGAAGGUGUUGAAGCUUUUAAUUGAUUGGGGCAUUACUUAAGAACAAAGUGGAUUUAAACUAGUCUUUUUUUCUUUUUUUUUUGUCAGAGAGUAUAUUGCAAGAGUGUGCCAGAGACCAUCUUCUUCAGACUUGUACAGUACUUUGCAAUUGUUUUAUUUGAGUAAGUGGGACCUUUUUCCUCCUCUUUCCUUAUUUAUUUCAUGAGUCAAUUCUUCAGUUAUCUUUAAUACCUUGCCUAGUGAUUGUAUAGUUAGUAAAUUUUCAUUUAUUAAGAGUUGAAAUUAUUCCAGGAUUGCUCUCACUGGUUUUUUUUCACAUCACUCUUUGAUUGGUUUGAAACUUGCUCUGUUUUAUCAGCCAAUCAGAUGCCAAACUGGAACCAAUCAUGUCUUGGACACUCACACUAUCUAAGGUUUCAGGCCAUCUGCAGUGAUUUCUUUCACCUGGAGUUGUUUUUGUCUCCUUUUGAUUGUUUUUUCCUUAUCUGAUUGGCUGCUGAAAUUACUAUAAUAAUUAUAGUUAAUUGAAGGGUUUUGAUGAAAUCCCUUAGGGUUUACUAAAGUCAAGGGACUGGAAAAACCAUGUUUUUUUAAAACCAUCUCUUUAUGUGGUUUUGGUUCCAUGCAUACAUUUACCCAUUCAUUUACCCUUUAACUCCCAAGAUCUGAUUGUUAAUUCUCCCUUCCAUCUGCUACACAUAUCCUUGUAAAUUAGCUUUGAGAACUUGAUGUUAGAUCAAGACAACAACUUCUACCUGAUAAGUUUGAGUAUUCUCAUUAGCUGUUUGCUGGAUAAUGAAAGGGUAUUAUAGGGAGAAGUUUCAUGUUGAUCACUUCUGAGAGUUAAAGGAUUAAUAUUAUAUAAUUAUGCAAUCAUGAAAGUGGGUUUUUGUUUUGGAAACAAUCAUCUGAGAUUAACUGAGUGGCAAAAACGAUGAGCUUGAGGGAUGUGCAACAGGCCAUUUUAGGAUCACAUGUAGUAACACCGAAUCUAGCAUCAGCUUAAUGUGAACUGUUAUUUUUUAGAAAAUUCAGGAAACGCGGAUGUUUAUGUCAUCUAAGAUGUAAUACUAACCUUUUUCUUUGUGACACUGUUUGUGGACUUCUUUUCCUGAAAAUAGGGUCAUAAAAGUUAGCCUUGAGUAUAUAGUUUCGAUGUAAAUUUACUGGUGGCAAAAAUUUCCGUUUUAUCUUCUCAUAAAAUUUCCAUACUCACCCCAUUUGUGUUACGAACUCCUCCUCUGGCAGUCUCCUAUAAGAAGAAAAAAUAAACAAAGAAACCCACAUCAAAAACUAACAUACUAGAAAAUUUCGGCUGAAAAACUACUGUACAUUAGUAUUCAGGCAUUGUAAGAUGAAAAGAAACAUUGUUGACUUUAAGUUACAGUGGUCGCCACAAAAUUGAGAUGGAAACAGGUCUCAAAAAAUGCUAAAAUGAACUGACUUACAAUUUCUCUUUAGUAUUCCACAUUUUUAGCGCACUUUACCCGAUUGAUGGUCGUAAAAACUUACACCAAAGUAUACAAACGGCCAAUCAGAACGAAGAAAAAUAUCACAGGGGUAUUUGCAGAUUUCUUUUUUCUGCGCUCAUUAUGAAUGUGUAAGAUCUUUCCUUAACAUGCAAAGAUUAUUUGAAAAUACUAAAAUUUUUUGUCUCUGGAAGGAAGUGUAUGCUAUUUAGAAGAAUGGCCAAUUCUAUUAUAACUUCCAAUGAUUUUGAUAAUUUUCAUCUAAUUUUCUCGUCAAGCAAGAAUAGGAAUUUAAAGUUUAAAACAAUUUUCAAAAAAGGUAAAAUAAUUACUAUACUGUCGCUGUAAAGAAAACAGAACCAAAACCAUAAUUAUGGUUCUGAGGUGUUUUAUAUCCGUUAUCGAAUCAAUCAUCUCGAACGAUAAAUGAAUAAGUUUUCAGUUGAGACAUUUGUUUUUGAAAUAUCGAACUAAAUUUGUUAAAAGUAAUCCAAAUAUGUCGAGGUUUGCGUUUGCUAUUGCUUUUGUUUUGUGUUUUUUUUUCCAAAAUUUUAGCUGGUCUACCUGGAGCAGUGACAGUUAAAAGAUAUUGUCACAUAAACAAUUUUAGAAACACUGAGUUGUAAAUUUAAAGCCAAUUCUUACUAGAUCUUUAGGAUCGCUGAGAUAACCCAACGGACUUAUCUUGUAUUUUCCAAGCCCGUCAUCUUUAAGCUGUAUGUUAUAAUCCUGCUGUAAUUCAACCGAAGUGUGCUGAUCGUCCGUGUAGCCAUCAGCUUUGCUUUCGCCUGAUUCCUUUUUCUCUUGCCCGAGGCGAUCGUAGAUGUACAGAUGCGAGGGUUUUAAUUUUCCUAAGUGGCUCAUUCCGAUUGUUGGUUUCGAUAACCCCACUAAUAUUCAACCCUACAGCCAAGCUGCAUAUUUUUCUCCGUUAAGAAAAAAUUAAUUUUUAAUUAACAAUCUCUUAAUGACGCCAAUUAGUGCAGCGUUUGUUUGGUAGUUCACAGUUUUAUGGGUGACAGUUGACGCACGAAGGAUUUUUCUAGUAAACUUCCAAAACUGAAUAGAAUUUAAAAAGAAACUCUUGUGCUUUUAAAUUUAUCUCCACCGUGCUUAUUUUACUCACCAGUUCCAUGCCUCUUAUUAUUUUUUCCCUUUUAUCCCAAUUUUUAUCUGAAAGAAGAGAGGAUUUCUAUUACAUAAUUAAUGGAUUCGCACUUCGUAGAAUAUUGCGCUCGAACGUAGAUUUCACUGAAUGAUUACAACAUAAUUAUUUUGUAUCUGAAGUGGUAAAAGUAUUACAUUCGUGUUAAGUUAAUAAAAUCCAUUGUAGACGAGUUGUGAAUGAUACAAAAAAUACGAUAAUCAUUUUCCUUCCUUUUCAAAAUCAGAUGCAAUGUGUACUCGGCUACAUUUCAAUACAUCGUGAUAAUUGAUAGUCGUGUAACAUGCAGUUAUGAAAGGUUUAGUUAACAACCAUAUUUCUCACCUUUCAACAAACUUAUCUUUUAAAUAUCUGUCGUAAAAUUGAAAAAAAUUCCGGAAACAACAAAUUGUACAGAUUUGUACAGAUUGUUAUUGAAAUGAAACGUAGUAUACAUUCGUUUUCAUUGAGGAGCUGCUUUUGUUUCAGUCAUUGAUAAAUAAUUCAAGCAUGAUAACAUCUUAUGUCGUGUUGGGAAUGAAUUAGAAUUGAUUGAUCUUCAAAUAACCUGAUUGUAGAUGUUUUUCUGUUUCAACUGUGUUGAGCGAAUGUACUUCUCUUUUAUUUAAUGUUCCGCAUUCAUUGGGCAUCCACGAGUUUUUGAAAUCGAGGGCUCUUAGAAAGGGAGAAGAAAUAAACAUAAAGAUUUUUUUUUAAGUGGCAACGUAUUGAGAACUUCUUGUCUGACUGGAAACACCAUAAUAACUUGGUCAGAAUAGUCCAUAAUGAUUCGUUUGAUCUGAUAGUACCCGAAGGGCGAAGAAUUCGUUUGUAAGCCGAUCAGCAGGAAUUUUGUGGGAGAAAAACUUGAAAAGAGAAAAAUACUUGAAGCUAGAUAAGUUGUUGUUGAUGUAGAUAACACAGUAAGGUAAUAUGAACCGCUAACAAGGAACUGAAACCACAUGUGAUUAUACGACAGGCGACUGGUACAUAGGAAAGGAAAUAAUAUGCAGUGACUCAGUUCUUGGUAUUACCUAGCAUAGUAACUGCCAAUUUUUGGACAUCAGCACUAUUCAGCCUGUGUUAAGCUGGCCACCACAGGGCUGUUGUCAGUGGCUGCAUAAUCAGUAACCACUCGAUAUGGAGUGCGCUUGUGAUACAGGUCUCACUGUAGCUUUAUAGUGUCGAGAAUUUACGAGAUUAUGUGGAUUCCAACUUUAUAACCGAGCCGAGGUGUCAGUAACAAUAGCAUAAAAUGCAAGACAAAGAACUUUUCCUUAUUUGUGUUCACACUUACAUACAGUAAAGCGAAAAAAUUGAAAAUUUUGAGGGCAAUGAAGGAGUGACAUACUGAAUUUGUAAAGAUUGAGGGGCGCGGGAGGUCACGGGAAGUGAGUGCUUUCCGGUCGGUUUUAUAUCACAUAUCGCAGUAUUGAUGAAGGAAAAGAGGUAGAGUCCAGAAAACGUGCUGCCAGCAUUAGCGUAAUUCUGUUACGUCACCUUUGGGUUAUGUCACCCACUCAUAUGAAAACAUUAAACUCUUGUAACGUUUAUUUUCUCUUCAGAUGUAACCAAGCUGACGAUUUUGAGUCUGUGGGAUUGAGCCAAGUUUAUUUUCUCUUUUAACCAAGCUGACGAUUUUGAGCCAGCCAAGAUUUUAAUGAACAUGUGUUUUACAUUUUUCCUUCAAAUUAACAAAGGUAAGUCGCAAUUUAGAACAUUUUUUAAGGUUUUCGUACACCGUUCUUCUUUCGGCCCACCCUCAUCUCGUCCUCUCCUCCCCUCCCCUCCCCUCUCCCCCUGUUUUCAAAGAAUGUCUGAAUCCGCCACUCACACGUUUGCAAUGUACUGUCUUCACUCACUUUCUUUGUAUAGUUUCUUUAAUAAGACGACUUAAAUUUUUGUUUGUUCGUUUUUUAUUUAAUUUACAGAUGGAAAGGAAGUAAUGAAGCAGUUUAUUGUUCCAUACCUCAGAGAUCAACCGAUUUGGUGAGAAGAUUCUUGCAUGACACGAAAUGCUUUUUUUGUCGAUGCAAACCUUUAUUUUUUUUGUAAUGGGGGGGUCUUUAUUUAUUAUUUUUUUAGCCCUAGAUAAGUUGAUUUUAAUAUUCGGUACAAGUACGUUGACAUAAAGAACACAGCGUGGUAACAAGAAUCGAACUAUUGAGCCCGGAUUUUUAUAUAUAGCGCCGGAAAUUUCUGGCGAUCCUCCAAAAACUUAAAGGAGUAGUGUAACAUUAGUUUGGGUUGGUUUGACAUGGAAGAGAUUACGUGGAUCGCAUAUGAAAAACUUGGAUAAUUUUAAGCUGAAUUUUCAUAAUGCAGCUUCUCCGAACUACCUCCUCUUCGUACCUUACCAGCUUUUUGCGACGCACGAAACGAUUCAAACGAAAAAUUUAGAAAACUCUCUGAUUUUCUAGGAGAACCAGGAAAAUUAGUCGAAGCCACAGCGGACUUUUUUUGUAAUUCUUCCCCCUUGUCGAUAGAAUUGCUCGUUGAUUGUAGACAUCACGCUAGGACUGCAAGUAUUAAGUUGUGUUUUGUUUUGAUUUUGUUUUUGUUUUGGUUUUCUUCCUUAAUUUAGGAAGUCACUUCGGUUCUGGAACGCAGCUUUUUUCGAUGCCGUACAUGGAGAACGAGAAGUUUCUGCCAUAACAAGGUUUGACCCGUGACAUUGUUAUGUUGUGCUGUCUUACUGGUAAACACGCUCAUUAUCGGCGUUAUUUGACUUUUUUUCUCUUUCGUGUAUGAUGUGACACUCAAUUUGACCUUCUUUUGGACCAAAACAAACUUUAUGGUUUAACUUCCUGACUGAACUAAAUGGGGAAAACAAACUCUCCUAGAACUCGCAUGACUUUUAAGAUGUCAGAAAUCCAUCUCUAAUUUCUGAAUAUGGAUCUUGACCCGAACUAACAAAAUAAUUUCCCAUGAAAUUUCUUUUAACUUGUCUAUAUUAUUUCCAUUUUGAAAAAUGAAAUGAAACUUUAAAUUUCAGUUUUAAUCCACCAUAUUAGACUAUACUAAUGACCCUGUGAUUAUUGCCCUAGCCAGGUAAACAAUGAAUGUUAGUUUAUCAAGGCUAGUUUUAUUUACUGAACAAUCAACGUCGAGUACUUUAACUGGUCAAUCAGUUUAGUCGUAAGCUAACACAGAAAGGAAAAAUUUUCCGCAACAACUACUGAUUCCCUUAUCCUUUUUUACCUUUUAGUGAUACGUGGCAGAGUUGGACUGUACAAGAACAAAGUGAAUACAAAGAAUGUGACAAGAACAGCGUAUUUGGUAAAUUAGGGUCAGUAUCUAGAAAGAGAAGGGGAAACAGAGAAUAAAUUGCUGAGGAAAACAGACACAAAAAUAUGUUAAAUCAAACUGAAAGUUACGAGAAUAAAUUUGCUUUCCUUUCAACUAAAGAUCUUUCCAAUCUGUAUAUCUAUCUUUAGGACGUUUCUCAAUAACAUGAAGGCAUUUGGUCUCGGAAAUGACAUAUGCAAGGAAUUUCUUCAGAAAAUGAGUACAAUUGGAGACUUGAGUGAAGGUAAGCCGACCUCAUCAGAAACACUGGGGUGAGUAGUAUGAAAUCGAGGCAGUUUUGAUUGUGUGCUGCUCCUUCACUUGGUACAUGUCGAGGAUAACAUGGACUGCUGGCAACCGGUAAAAUGACUCUUUCAUUACAUUUAAUAACACAUCUAAUGAACCUUACAGGACGACCUUAAAUUACCGACAGAACGAAACCAAGCGAGCCGUGCGGCCAAUAACAACACGGACUGACCAAUUAGUUUACACGAAACAUUUUUGCGACAUCGUAACAUCAAACAGCCGUUAACUUGACUCGAAUGAUAACCUUUUUUCAUUGUGUUCUUUUACAGAACAAAUUGUGCUUUUGGAGAAUAGCAUGGCUGCGGCUGGUGUUGACGAGCGCUCGCGGUAACUAAUCAGUUGCAUGAUAAGGGAACCCAGAAGAACGCAGUUUUUCUUAAUACCCGCUCACUGCAUUCAGGACAUCAGCAGCACUCGAGAUCAUUUUGGUACUUAAAGUAUCUACAGAGCCAUGUAUCAACAUCUGUAAUAUUUUCUUAUAAAAAUUAUUUCUUUGCUUACCCACUCGACUAGUUUUGCUCGGAAACUUUUAAGUGCCCUUUACUGAAGGUUGACGAUUCAGAGAGCGAAUUACUCCUGAGACAGUUUAUUGUGGUUAACAUUUCUGGCCUAUAACAGAACAUUUACCUCUAAUACAUGUUUUGACACAGUUCUUAGGAACUUUUAACUUGUAAACAUCUCUUGGGCAUAUUAAUUAAUUUCUGCGAACGGGAGAUCUUUAAAACUAACAUGAAAGGACGACGAUACACAUUGAUUUUCAGUUUGACGAACUUCUGCGAAAAAAAAACUCUCUAUGAUGUUUUCAUUUUUAUGAGAUAAAAGUUGUUUCUUUGUAUCCCACUUUUUGAUAAUGACAGGUGGAAAAGUUCCGGGAUUCCAAACAACGUCCCAAGAAAGUUCAAAAAAGGCUGUAAAAGUCACAGUGAAUUUUAUUUAAUCUGCAAAGUGGAUUUUGUUACGGUGAAUUGUACUAGUUUCGAAUGCAAUUUGAUAACUGAAGCAGUCCUUAUCUUUAUAAACAAGGCCUAGGCGUUUCCAUUACAUAUUUAAAAUUUAAAAUUAUUUAUCGCACAGAAAAUGGGAUUUGGGUAUCCUUUAAUUAAAUUCAACUUCUUUCGUUUCAACGGAAGACAAUUAACGAAUUAUCUUAUUGUAAAUGUUAUGGCAAGAUAUUUUAAAAGUUUGUUGUUAAAUUAUUUAGUUUUCUAAGUACCGUGCUAACAGUGGUCUGUAUAUGAAGGGUUUUAACCACGCCAUUUUAAAUGGUAAUAAAUGACA